CCGGAAAGGGUGUGGGCCCUGGGGGAAAGGGGGUGGGAGCGGUGGCCCUGGGUGUCAGCAUCAGCAUUUGGGAUGAUGGUAGGUCUUUCCAGCAAGCUUUUGAAACCAAAGUCCAUUUGGGGCCAUGAUGAAGAUGGUUGGUCUCGGGAACGGCCGGUGGCAAGGGCUUGGCGACGCUCACCGGGGUACUUUAUGAGACCCAGGCCCCAGCCCGCCAAGCCAUGCCCGAAGGGAGACCCCUUUUUCGGGACGUCCCGCGCCUGGAGGUGCCUGUCCGGCGCCGAUUGUCUCUGACCUCCCAUCGAGAAUUCGGCGACGGCGAAGAAAUGUGGACUUAGGUUCUGACGGUUGGGCAGCUUUGAGAAAGUUGGACUUAGGUUUUGACCAUUUCGCGCCUGCACCAAGCACGCUGAUCGAUAGGAGCUUGUUUUGACGCCCCAUGGGUUAGGCCCCUGCCCGGCACACCUGCCCCAACAUGGGUGGGUCGGCCUCUAUGGGUGUGGUUGGUUCCUCCCUGCCUCGGGCGUGCUGUGAGGGAGGCGUGGGGGGGUGUCCCUCCGCACACAACCCCCCCCUUUCCCGCCUUUGCCCCACCUGACCCCCCCUACCCCUCUCCCCCGGAGGUGUGUGGGGGUGGCUGGUGGAGGCGGAGGGUGGCCGCUAGUAGUCUCUGGCGAGGUGAAACAAGCCGGGGUCAGUGGUGUCCGGGCUUACGGUCUGGCCCCUCCUUUUUGAUGGUUGCGGUUCAUGAUGCGGUGAGCCCCGGAAAAGGUGCGUGUUCGAUGGGGUUCUACGACACUGCUUUGAAAGUGGGAAAAAGCCAUGUAUAAAAAGCCCCCGCGGCUGGUGCAGUCCAAGCUGCCCAAAACGUUGCGUGUUCGGCCGGGCUCAUGCCAUCCCUUUGUGGGGGCAGAAAAGGGAACUAUAAAAAGGCUUAUUCAAAAAGCCCCCCGCGGGCUGGCGCAGUCCAAGCUGCCCAAAACUGUGCGUGUUUGGCCGGGCUCAUGCCAUCCCUUUGUGGGGGCAGAGAAGGGAACUAUAAAAAGCUUUAUGCAAAAAAGCCCCCUGCGGGCUGGCGCAGAACAAGCUGCCCAAAACGGUGCGUGUUCGGCGGGGCUCAUGCCCAUCCCUUUGUGUGGGAAAAGGGGAAUAAAUCAAAAAGCAGCGAAAGUCCCCGCUGCUGGCACGGUGAGGCUGCCUGAAAUGGUGCGUUGUUCCUGGGACAAAAAUCCACCAAAAGUCGUAACAACUGCUUCCAUACAAGUUGGAUCAAAGGGAUCUCGUAGGUAUCGGUCCUUCCCCUUUAAGAGGGGGAGGGGGAACCAGCGUCGCUGACGCGGAAGCGGACGCUUCGUCCGCCAUCUUUUAAACCGCUCCACGCGGCAUGUGGGUCUCUCUCCCUCCAGCCUUGGUCUUGGACGGUCAUGGCCGAAUGUGCGCUCUGCUUCAACGUCUACAGCCGCCUCUCGCCGCACCUGUCUGCGGUUCACAAGGUGUCGAACGCGGACGAGAAGAGGCUUUUGCUGGCGCUCGCCGCUGGGCGCGUGGACAUGCGGAAGACGGCGUGCCCGGUGCCCGGCUGCCGGAGGACGCCGGCCCGCCUAGACAGACACCUGAAGCAGCACGCCGAGCUCUCCGUCUCGGCCAGGAAGGAGGCUAUGGGCCGAGCGAGGCGUCGGAAAGUGGCUCGAGAGUUGCGGUGGUUGCGGUCCACUCAACCGACGGUACCCGUGGUGUCUCGGCUGGCGUCGUCCUCCGAGGAGGAACGGGAACCAGACGGCCCGGAAGCCGAGCGUCCCUGCGCCGACCCCCGCUGCAGGCUCGCAACGGAGCGCAUACAGGCCCAGCUCUCAGAGCUCCGCAAGCAGGUGGACAAGGUGAGGUCCGCCCAGCUCCAAUUCGCCCGCCGCUAUCGAGAGUUGAGGAGGGGGGAAGAGGGGAGGAAGAGCAGGCGGGCAAGGUCGUGUCCUGCCCCGCCGGCACCAUCCCCCGACCCCGCCCCCGGGCGAGGGCCGGCCCCCGGGCGAGGGGCGGCCCGAGGUCUCCGGGCGGCCUCCGGGCCUGUGGAAGCCUACGAUCCAACAAAGUACCCGUACCCGGACCACGCCCGCGCCUUGAGUUGAGUAUGGUUAUGGCACUUCUCUGUUGGGCUGGUGGUGGGUGUAUGUCGUCUAGGCUGACUUUUGACUUUCGCCCCCGUUCUGCAGACUUGCUUUUGGCAGAGUUCGAGGGUUUCCAAUUGGGGAGCGAGCCCACCGCCCGUCUGCGGAAUAACGUGGCCUCCAAACUGGCGAGGGUCAAGGCCUUCCUAGGCUUCAUGGCGACAGGCCACGCGGACCCAGAAACCUUGUCCUUCCUCAACCAACCGGCGCGCAUCCGAGCCUGGUCUGCCCUGCUAGGCCAAACGGGCAUGGCCGAGCCCACGAGGCAGCACUACCUGAAGAACGUGGCGCAGUUCCUGGAUUAUCUCUCCGAAACCCCGCCGGCCUCCUGCCGCCUCUCCAGUACCACCCUGGUGCUGAUUCGCAGGGAGCUUCGAGCUCUCAUUCGCGGCAUACGCCGCCGCGUCGUGGUGCACGAGGUUAGGACCAAGCAAGCCAAAGAAGGCAGACUCAUCUCCAAAGCCACGCUGCUACGCUGCCAUCGGACGGCUGGGAGAAAAAUACCUGCCCUUCUAGACGGCCUCGAGUCCAGCCCAGACACCAGGCAGCAGUGGCGCUUCUAUGGCUACCUGACCGGCUACCUGACCUGCAUCACGGGCCAUCGCUGUGGGGUCUUCCAGAACCUGACCAUCCAGGAGGUCCAAGAGGCUUCCAGAAGCCCGGACGAGUCCGCCUAUGUCAUAAACAUCACCACGCACAAGACAAACCGAGCCUUCGGCGCGGCUCAGCUGUCUCUCAACAAGGAAGAAUACAGCUGGUUCCGGAGGUUUUUGCAGCUGCGGGCUAGCCUCCCCGGGGGGAGCCAGGCCUCCUAUUUUUUUUUUACUUCCAGACCCAGUCCCUGUCGAACCCUGAACAAAUAUUUUCAAUCUGCAUGGACCAGCAUGGGGCUUCCCGGCAAGCCCACCUUCACUGACGUCCGAACUGCCAUCGCGACCCACGCAAAGAAUUCACAUUCUUCCGAGGAUCGCAGGAAGGUGGCCCAAUUCAUGUGCCACGAUACCUCAACCUCAGACAAGUUCUACGCGCUUCACCUAGGCCCUCUCCAAGCACGUGAGCACCGCAGACUCUUCGAGAGGGCCUUGGUGGAGGAGGAGGAGGAGGAGGAGGAGGAGGAGGCAGCGGGCAGAGAACGCCACUCAAGGAAGGGGCGCCAGAGGGCAGAGAGUCCCGGGUCACCCAUGGAGGGAACUAGCAGGAGGACGCUGCCAUGGCCGCCUUCGAAGGGGAAACGCCCCCUCGAAGCAACCGAAGACUCUGAAUCUUCCUAAAUAAAAAUUGAACAAUAAAGGUCA